GGUCGGCGGCGGCCGCGGCCGAGGAAGUUCCCGCUUUGCACUCCACCCCGGUAGCAGCUUCGGGGCCGGGGACAGCUUCCUCUGGACGCUCCGGGGGCUUCGCUGCCGCCGCGCGGCGGUCGGACGGGACCAUGGGGUUGCCCAAGGGGCCGGAGGGCCAGGGUCUCCCGGAGGUGGAAACAAGAGAAGAUGAAGAACAAAAUGUCAAGUUGGCUGAAAUUCUGGAGCUUUUGGUUGCAGCUGGGUAUUUCAGGGCAAGAAUUAAAGGCUUGUCACCUUUUGACAAGGUGGUAGGAGGAAUGACCUGGUGCAUCACCACUUGCAACUUUGACGUGGAUGUUGACUUGCUCUUUCAGGAGAACUCUACGAUAGGUCAGAAAAUAGCUCUGUCAGAAAAAAUCGUCUCCGUCCUGCCGAGAAUGAAGUGUCCACACCAGCUGGAGCCGCACCAGAUCCAGGGGAUGGACUUUAUUCACAUAUUUCCUGUCGUUCAGUGGCUGGUGAAGCGGGCUAUCGAAACGAAAGAAGAGAUGGGUGACUACAUCCGCUCCUACUCCAUAUCCCAGUUCCAGAAGACCUACCGCCUCCCCGAGGAUGAUGACUUCAUCAAGAGAAGAGAAAGGGCCAUCAAGACAGUCGUCGACCUCUCGGAUGCUUACAAGCCCCGUCGAAAAUACAAACGCCAGCAGGGAGCAGAGGAGCUGCUGGAUGAAGAAUCUCGAAUCCACGCCACGCUUUUGGAAUACGGCAGGAGAUAUGGAUUUAGCCGCCAGAGCAAAACAGAAAAGGCUGAAGACAAGAAAACAGCGCUACCCACAGGGCUGUCGGUUGCAGAAAAAGAGGACACCCAUGAGGAAGACGAGCUGCAAGCUGCUGAAGAGCAGCGUAUUCAGUCGCUGAUGACCACGAUGACUGCCAUGGCCAAUGAGGAGAGCCGUCUGACCGCCAGCUCCGUGGGCCAGAUCGUGGGUCUUUGCUCAGCCGAGAUCAAGCAGAUUGUGUCUGAGUACGCAGAGAAGCAGUCUGAGCUGUCAGCUGAAGAAAGUCCAGAAAAGUUAGGAACCUCCCAGCUACAUCGUCGGAAAGUCCUUUCCUUGAACAAGCAGAUUCUGCAGAAGACCAAACGUCUGGAAGAGCUGCAGGCAAGUCACGGCAGCCUGCAAACCAGAUACGAGGAGAAAAAGAAAACGCUGACAGAGCUGAAGAGUUACAGUGAGAAAUUGGACCAAGAGCAAGCAGCCCUCGAGAGGAUAGAAUCCAAAGCUGAUCCGAGCAUCCUACAGAACUUGAGAGCCCUGGUAGCCAUGAAUGAAAAUCUGAAAAGUCAAGAACAGGAGUUUAAAGCACAUUGUCGCACCCUCAGCUUCUAUUCCAGCCUGUUACUCAGAAACGGUGUUUAUCACUUUUCCUCGUUUCAGACUGUCUCUAAAGGAGAGCCACAUGGUACCCUGGCCCCUGUGAUGACUCACAACGAAGACCUAGACAGACGGUAUAAUAUGGAGAAAGAGAAACUUUACAAGAUCCGUUUACUACAGGCUCGAAGAAACCGAGAAAUAGCAAUUUUGCAUCGCAAGAUUGAUGAAGUGCCCAGCCGAGCCGAGCUGAUACAGUAUCAGAAGAGAUUUAUUGAACUCUACCGCCAGAUUUCAGCAGUGCACAAAGAAACCAAGCAGUUCUUCACUUUAUAUAACACCCUGGACGACAAGAAGGUUUAUUUGGAAAAAGAGAUCAGCCUGCUGAACUCAAUCCAUGAGAACUUCUCACAAGCCAUGGCCUCCCCUGCUGCCCGGGACCAGUUUUUACGGCAGAUGGAGCAGAUCGUAGAAGGAAUUAAGCAAAGUCGGAUGAAGAUGGAAAAGAAGAAGCAAGAGAACAAAAUGAGAAGAGACCAGUUGAACGACCAGUACUUGGAACUGUUAGAAAAACAGAGGCUGUACUUUAAGACCGUGAAAGAGUUCAAGGAGGAGGGCCGCAAGAACGAGGUGCUGCUGUCCCAGGUGAAAACCAAGGCCUCCUGACGGCCCCAGGCAGCGUCCUUGUCAUCGGUGUUUUCUCAUGAGCGCCAUGCGUCAGCUACAGGUGGUGAGCAGGUUCUGAAGGUCGCGGAGGGAAGACGCAGGUGACGCUCUGCACGCCCCGGGUACUUUAUUCCCCUCUUUGCUUCCGUUCACCUCUGUGUCGGUUGUCGUCGGUGGAAUCAGACGGUGUAGACGCUGCGGCUUGGAUGACACCCCAUCAUCCGAGGAAGAAGUGCGGGCAGUAUUUGUUCUCUGUGUCGAUUCAGCUUUUAUUUCUCCGGUAACGUUGCACAUUUGAAGUGCCCUGUAUUUGUAUGGACUCAGAAUAAAGAGGAAUCCACUUG